AGGUUUUUAGCUUGAUUUCUCUCGUUGUGAUCGUGCGAUUGCUGUAGAUCCUGUCUUUAAAGAAGCCGAUUGUAUUUUUUAUUAACAUGGCUGUGUCUUGCUUGCAAUUCUCCGCUCCUAGAUACAAACACAGGCAAGAAGAAAGGACUCUUCUCCAGCCUCAAGCGUUCGAAGUCUAAAGGAGGACGUGGUAGGAAAAACGCCAAAUCGAGAUCCAUGCCGCAACUACCUCAGUCUUACGUUGAUAUGAAGUGUCAGAUAAAUGGCACUGCUACUAAAUCUAAUGAUCCAUUUAAUAUUUCUCAAUCAGCUAAAGGUGCCGAAGAAGACGGGGCUGCACCCCUGCCUUCACCAACGGAGGCUGGAGGUUUAACGGAAUGUCCCGCUCAGGAUGUUACCCCGGGCGCUUUGGUACGUCAUCUUUGAACAUUUUUAGUCGUAAAAUUCCCUUUUAAAGUAGUAAACCACCGUUGACCUGACUUUCGUUAGUAAAUCGCUAACAGAAUACUAUUGUUUUUGUUUUUAUUAUUGUCGAGCGCCCAUUUUUCCCUUGAUCUUCCGCCUUCGAGGAUUUUCAGUCAAGCAGUUUGUAGGAAUUUGUAAUUUCUAUGUUUUUUCUUCUAGGCUGGUGAUGUAGCCAGAGCGGGGAAAUGUUCAUUCUUUGCUCUUGAAGUAGAGCUUAAGGAUGGAAAAGACUUGGCAGCCCGGGACAAAACAGGUACCAGUAAUUUUAAUAAUACAGUAGUACAAUGCACGCGUGAAUGUCCGCAUAAAUCCUUCCUAAUUAUUGAGUACCAAAAAAUGCUAACAGUACUGUUAAGAUUUAAAAUUCUUAUAACGAGUAAAAGCAUCCAUAAAAAUAUACUGACUGCCUCUUUCGCAGAGAAUGAGACAGAAGAUGGACUCGAAUAAAUUAAAGGAAAACUAUUGUAAUUUAUAUGCACUAAACAGGCUUCAAGUGAAAAUUAAUAAACAAAUGGCUUAUGGAACGUUUUAAGUUUUGAGAAAACUAAACUAUGAACAACCAAAUACUCAAAUAAGAAGAGCUGUGUCUAAGUUUGAUUUAAAGGCGAAUAAUCGAGUCCAAACGUGCCAUUGCGUAGGUUGCUUGAUAAACCAAAGUCAUGCAUUUAACCUUCGAAAAUGAACCAGACACUUUGCUAAUUAUAUUGCUAUUUCAUACCAGUCAGUUGCCUUUGAUGAGGAUGAUAUUAAAACUUUGAACCAAUUUUGCCCAAAAGUUUUUCUUUUAAUCCACGGUUCCUUUUGAGAGUCAUUCAUACAUAUUCUGUGUGGUAAUAGAUAAUACUUAACCUGUAGACUUGACUACUAGUCAAACCAUUUACUGAUGUUAUUCUUAAUCAAACUAGUUUUUGUCAGAUUUGUUUGCAGAACUUAGAAUUACCUGGAAAAUUUACCAGGGUCUCUUUUAGGUUAACACCCUGUUUUGCUAUUAAUUAUUUAAUAGAAUAUUAAUUAUAGAUCUCAGCUGUAAACAAUAAUGUCAGUUUGUCAAGGUGCAAUAUAAACACACCACUUGGCAAAAGGUAUUGUUAACAAUUCUUGGAAACUUUUUCUACAUGCUGAUGUUUGAUGUCAGCAGGUGGCCUGUUUAUUUCCAAAAACCCCUUGUAUUUAUGCAAAGCAUUUAAAAGCAGUAUUAAAUGUAGAUGUAGCAUGGGUUCAAGAUAUUUUUUUCCCAAAGUUUACAAGCAAUUUUAAUCACAGCAUGCAAUCAGAUACUUAAAAAAAAUAAAGAGGAAUGUUUCCUUUACUCAUGUUUGAUUAUUAUUUAUGUAUGGUAUGUGCUGACUUUCCUAGCAUUACUGUAGCAUUUUAUUUGUACAGUGAUAUUGAGGAUAUUUUAUAUGGUUGAAAAAAAUUUACAUAUACUUUAACAUGUAAACAUGCAAAUUGAUAAUGCUAUAGUAAUGUAUAAUUUUUAUAAAUAAUCAACAGUUAGAACUUAACAUAACCUGUUAAUGACUGUAUAUUUAAAACACUAACUUUUCAUGGAAGUUCAAUUGUUCUUGGCAGGAUAUAUUGUUCCAGAGUCGGUGGUGAAUCAUUGUGAAAUUGAUAACAAUGUGCAAGCCAUGCUUUCAAGAUAGUUCAAAUAUGUAUAUACUUUUGCCGCAGUUAAAGCUCAUUUCUCAGUUUGGCUGCUUGGCUUGCAAUGAAAGAAAAGAAAUUAGAAUUUUUUCUUAAUUCUUCUAUAUCCUUGAAAAAUAAAUUGUGAUACAAGGUACUGUAUCUAAAUUAAUACUCCUGUACCUACACUGUGAGACAUGUAUACAUAUAAACAUUAUAAUGAGCAACCUAAGGGGUUGAUAAAAGUUUUUUUCUUGUAUCACUAUAAGGUACAAGGUAUGCCUUUUUAGAGCUCAUUUGUGUCCAGUAAUUACCCUCUCACUAUGAAAGGAAGAUUAUUGCUUUGAUAGAAGCUUUUAUUUAAAUGAUUGUUUAUUUGUGAUCAUUUUGUCAGAUUCUUUUAGUGUGGAAUUUCUUCAUGAAAAGCCAGUUACUAAACCUAUCACCAGGGCACCAGGUUUGAAUAAAAGCUACAGACACUAAACAUGAACAUAUCUAUAACCUUUCAUUAAAACGACUAACACACCGUCUUAUAAAUACUAUGAAUAACAAUUGAAAUGAAUGAACUUAAAUUUUGACCUCUUAGCUACCAAAGAGAUAUACAUUGACAAAGCAUACCAAUUAUGGGAAUACUACAGCUGUAGGUCUGUUGUUCAACUGCACAGAUGAAUUUGGCUGCAAACAAAAUCUCAUGUUGUUAACUUACUGUUAUCAUGUACAGAGAUAAGGUUUCCAAGCAAAACAUUUCCAUUUAUUGUCAUUGUUUAUGUCACUGGUGACUAAGAGGUAUUUGAAAUGAAUAAGGUGGAUUGUGAUAAGCUUUAAAAUUCUGGAAAAUUAAAAAACUUGUUUGUCAGAGGCUCUUUGGUUUUUUUUUUUUAAAUUGAAUGAAAAUUAAAUGUUUAAAUAGGACUUCUUUCAACAAUAAGAAAAAUAAAUGGUCAGAUUGUCCAAAUGUAUCUUUUUUCAAAAUUAAAAUGAUAAUAAAUGAAUUGAUGUCUUUUUUCAAAUAAUUAAAUUCUAAACUUUAAACAAAGGAAAAAUUAAACCUCAAGAAAACUAAAAUGGGUGUUAGAGUGUAUUUUUUAGUGGACAUUCUUAAAUGAACAUUUAUGCAUUGGGUCCUUGAAAACAUUGUGUGAUGUUUUGUUUUCAUUUCAUAAGAAGCUGCUUUUACUGAUUUUAUCAUCAUUUGUUGAUUUCAGGCACCAGUGAUCCUUAUGUUAAAUUUAAAACUGAUGGGAAACAAAUCUACAAAAGUAAAACUGUGCAGAAAAACUUGAACCCUCAGUGGAAUGAAAAAUUCUGUGUACCAAUCGAAGACAUCACUGUUCCACUCAUCUUGAAAGUACUUGACUUUGAUCGAGUUGGAAAUGAUGAUCCAAUGGGACGAGCUGUAGUUGACUUGUCAGCAAUUGAAAUUGAAAAGUAAGCCACAAUAUUUUGAAGUCAGUAUUUUCAACUCAAUUGUAUUGUUAAAAUUCCAUGACUUCUAUAUUUCAUUCUCUUUGCAUGUAACCAGAGAUUGAGAGAUGCAAGUACAUGUACAUGUUCAUGAAAAAAAAUGCUGUCUUUUUUAUCAAAGUCAAAGAAAUUUGGUAGAAAUGAGUCACUUAGAGGAAGCAGCACAUGAAGAAUUUGUCUAUAAAGUAAUAUUUUUAAAAAUUUUUGACUAAAUGAUCUUUAAUUUUAUCUGCAGACCCACAGAGAUGAUCCUUGAACUUGAAGAUCCAGAUGGAGGAAAAGAAAAGCUGGGUCAGAUAUGUGUUGUAAUCACUGUCCAACCUAAGAACUUUGAGGACAGGCAAGAGGUAAUAUAAAGAUAUAUAUGGUUAAUACACUGUAGUACAUGUCAGAGGCUGGCAGUGAGACCUAAACCAAAAUGAAUUAUUAUUCUCUGUGCUUACAUUCUCUAGUUGCCUGUGAUACUGUACACUUGUACAGAACUUAAGCCAGUUCUUGAUGAAUUUUUUUGCAGACGUUUGAACAUUUUCUGCAGUUGCUAAAUGGUACUCACAAUAACCACCAACUUGUGGUUCUAAUUUUUGCUAAUGUUAUAUUCAUCUGCGAUUUCCAAAAGGUUUCCCGGAAAGCAGCUGCAACAAAGAAAGGUCAAGCUGCAAAAGAACCAGGCAAAGCACAAUUGUGGGAUGGUAUUGUUUCCAUCAUACUUGUUGAAGGAAAAAAGAUGAUUCCCAUGGAUGAUUCAGGUUUGUGGGAUUGGAAUGUUCGAGGGUUUUUUGAAAUAGCUGCUUCUGUGGGAAAGUAGGAUGUUCCAAUCUGUAUCUGCAAAAUUAGGGACUUCUUUUUUUAUAUAAUAUGAUAGUAAAAGAAAAGUGUAAAGUAAUCAGAGGACAUUCUCCACAAUUGAACUUAAAAAUCUGUUAGACCAUCAAGAUUUAACCACAGAAUUCUCAGAUCUGUGAUGCUUAAUGAACAUGCUGGAUAGAUUGACCAGUGCAAGUCUGGAUUGGUGUUUUUUUCUUUUUUGUAAUAUUUCCAUUGUGAAUGGACAUAUAGUUACAUUCAUUUGACUAAAAAAAAAUGAAAUGGCAAAGGAUGAAAAGGUUGGAAAACAAGUUUAGUGAUGCAUUCUAUAUUAAUUUUAUAUCUUAACAUGUUCUGAAGUAAUAAACUGAGUUCCACCUUUUGGUUUUCUAGGACUCAGUGACCCAUACUGCCGUUUCCGUCUUGGGAAUGAGAAAUACAAAACCAAAGCUUGUAAAGAAACCUUGAAUCCACAAUGGAAAGAGCAAUUUGAUUUGAAAAUGUUUCCUGACUCCCCCAUGAUGUUGGAAGUUACAGUCUGGGACAGAGACAUAAGGAAAGAUGAAUUCAUGGGCAGGUGAGCUGAGAGUGUGUUAUGUACACUCACCAAGUACACGUAUCAUCAGCAAACUACUUGAAAUUAAUUUUUUUGGUUCAAAAAAUUAUCAUGCAGUAUCACUAUUCUUGUACAUUAAUCAUCUUUCAUUUUUGAUUGUCAGGUGCCAAAUUGAUUUGUCAACCCUGGAGCGUGAAAAGUCACACAAGAUUGAGGCAGCACUUGAAGAUAAUGCUGGAAUUAUAGUUAUGCAUCUGUCAAUAACAGGACUUGAUGCUCCAGGUUGUGAAUCAGAUUUGACUGCACACACAGAAAAGCCAGGAAGAAGAGGAGAGAUUGUCAAGCAAUUUCAUUUAAAGAACACACCAAAGAAGAUCAAAGAAAUUGGAUGGCUGCAGGUAAAUUAUUACUAAAUUGAACAUUGAGAUUGAGAGAUAGGUGUAAUCAUCAUAAAAUAUAACUGUGGAUUGAGAGGCUAAGGUGUGUGGGGGUCAUGUGUGGUAAUUUGAGUAAUACAAUUACUGGUACUUACAUUUAUAGGUACAAGGUGUAAUGAUGCAGUAGUUACUGGACAAUUUGUCAAGGAAACCUAAUAAAAUACUGGGUUAGGGGGCAUUUCUUCCCACUUGGAAGGAGCAAUGAAACAAAUAGACACUUCAUCCUACCCAGACCUAGCUAAGCUCUGGCACAGCACUAUGCAUUGGCCUGUUUUAGAAUCAUACAGCAUACCAGUUGUUGUAACUUCAAAUUACCACUAAUUGCCUAUCAUUUAAAUAUUAUGUCUAUUGUAAUUGUAUGUGGAGAAAAUGUGCAAGUAAAAUAUUCAAAUAGUUUUGUUAAAUUUAAUGGCUCUGAAUCUUGACAGGUAAAACUUCACCGAGCUGUUGGAUUGGCAUCGGCAGACAUUGGUGGCACUAGUGAUCCAUUUGCAGUGAUUGAGCUGAACAACCAGAGGCUUGUUACACCAACAUUGUAUAAGACUCUGAAUCCUGCUUGGGAGAAAAUUUAUGAAAUGUGAGUACAUGGACUUCGUUACCUAACUAGUCUGUGUAAGAAACAAUGACAGAUUUACACAUGUUCAGUUGUAGUUAACAGGUAAGGAAAAAAACUGACCUCCUUUGAACUGAUACUGCUACUACUAGCUUAUCAAUAAAGCCCAUACUCAUUUUUACACAAAAAUGUACCAGUCAUUCCUUUUGUGAUGUUUUAUUUCAAUCAUGUUCUGUCUAAUUUUUCAAAGUGAACAUUUCAAUUUCAUAGUCAACUUUUCAUUUUCUUAAAAUAAUUAUUUGUCUGACAAAGUGUCAAAUUUUACGAGGUAGAAACGAGGUUUGAAUGUAGCACUGGCUGCUACGUGUAGGGCUCAGAACAGUUCUAACAAAUUAAUAUGGUUCCAACAAUUCAGAUUACAACAACAGCUAAAACAGCAACACAAUCUUAAUUUUAAUUGUUUUCAUUUUAAUAGUUAGGAUUGUUCUGGCCAGCCACUGCUACACCACCGUGAGGGUGCGGGGGGAAGUUUAUCCAAAUCUAAUUACAAACACUCGUUAUCUAGAAAAUACAUUCCAAUAAGAAAAAUGACAAAAUCUUAAGUAAUGAAAUGUAAAAGGAAGGACAGAAAGAGACCAGACACUCGAUUCGAGUAUCAAUGGGCUCUAUCAAUUAUAACAUUAAAGUUAGUUAAAUAAAGUUAGUGUACUUUCCACGUCUAUCCUUACAGGACAGUGUUCGAUAUACACGAUGUUCUUGACAUUACUGUGUUUGACGAAGACAAGAGAGGUGCUCCUGAGUUUCUCGGUCGAGUAGUUAUUCCAUUACUUCAGGUAACCAUAGCAACACUCAUAUUAGGCAGUUUUGUGUCUGUUUGUAGCUAAAUGAGAAAAAAUACCGCCCUUUUUAGGCGACAAAUGGUUUUGAGUGACUUUUUAAGUAACUUGCCCAUGUUUUAGCAAUACACUAUUACCGUGGAAACUACCUCUUGGAAAACUAAGCAAAAGUAAGUUAGAUGAUUGAAGUAAGAAUGCAACUUGUCAUCGUUAGUUGUUCCCUAGCCGUGCAAAAUCUUUUGUUAUCGUGUUCACAGUUCGGGACUUUAACUUGAUAGGAUUUUCCUAUUGGUCGAUCAGUUCAAAAUGAUUGGAAUGGCAUUCAACCUUGUGCACGGUCAGAUCUAAAAAAUCAACUAAAUGAUUUCUUUUUCCACCACUCACAAUUAAAUCCGAAAUAUUUCAUCUUACCGCACUUCGAGAUUCCAAAGAGUGACACUAGUUGUGUGUUUUCAAAAAUUGACUGCCGCCACUUAAACUUCAACGUAGUAACCUGGCCUCAUACGCGUGUCGGUGCAGAGAAUUGCAGAGGUCUCCCAACUGGUAAGAACUACAACGUGCUGUUCACAAACAGUUGUUGCUUCGGUUGUCGCAGAAAAAUCAAACUUGGGGGUAAUUUUUGCCACUUUCGAAACAAAUUCACUUGUAUAUAAAGGUCGUUGAAAGUCGAAAACGCACUCUGUGUCAAAAGAGGAUACGUUUGUAUUUUAAUGGCACACAAUAAAGUUGUAUGGUUCGGAAGUAUACUUUUCCUGGAAACAGAAUAUAAUUUGCUUCCCUAGGUCACACCUGGUGAGAAGCGUUUGUACCAAUUGAAGAACAAGAGUCUGGAGGGAAGAGCCAAAGGCCACCUUAUCCUGACACUUGAUGUGGAGUAUAACCCUAUAAGGGCCGCUGUAAGGACCGUCAAUCCAAGGGAGCCUAAGGUCAUGUUUGAACCAGCCAAGUUCAAGAGGGCGGUAAGGAUGUGAAGUAGUUGUGCUUAUUUAAUACUUGCAAGUAGAUUACGGGUCUGGACUUUAAAUUUGUGAAUUUUUAUUUGCAGUUAUUGCAGCGCAACAUUGACCGGGUAAAUAAGCUGGUUGCAAGUCUGGUUUCAACUGGAGCAUUCGUUCAAUCACUGUUCACGUGGCAGUACAAGUUUAGAAGUGCUUUUGCUUUUGCAGUAAGUUUUUACUUAUGCGUUCGUGUGCAAUUAUAAUUGAUCAAACGGUUUCAAUCAUUUUUCAAUGAAAAAACAAAGCAAAAACAAAAACAUUUCCAAUUACGUGUACGUUGUGACAAGAGGUAAAUGAGAAGGUUAUAACGCGUUGGUUCGCAUCAGUAAAAUCGAGUCACCAAUUUCAGAGCUCGGACAUAUGUCUGGAAGCACAAUUUCUUCCGUUUGGCUGUGCUUUGCUGUGCUGUAGGGGUACGCACUGUAAAAUGUCAGAAUAUGGGGAGAAACAUGGCGGCCUAAUGGGUAGGGCGCCAAGCCACGGUGUGGAACAUCUGGGUCGACACCUUGCCGCUUGUGUUGUGCCUCUCCACACCCUUAAAAUUUUCAAUGGAUACCAGCAAAAACUGGGAGGCAAACCUGACGUAAUGGUGCGGGCUACGUGUACCUACAUUGAAUCAUCGUCCUGUUUAAAAGGAAUAGCAAUACUCAUAGACCACUGGCUUGAAAUCAAAACUUGCCGAGAUCAGAGAAACCCGUAUUUCGUCAGAAUACUCGUUGACAUCUUUUAAAUUGUUUUCUGUUGCAUUUUUCAGAUCUACAUCAUGUUGUGCUUGAACUUUGACUUCUAUAUUAUACCGUUGACUCUUCUACUUACGUUUCUGAAGCAAUACGUCAUGUGUAUGUUACUUGCUGAGAAGAACGUAAAUCCAGAAGAACAGGUUAGCUUAUCCUACAUUUGAUUAGCGAGGGCUGGAGUGUAUGCUACAGAAGCACAGUUAUCUUGUUCAGUUUGCAUGAUAGACGACCUCUUGCACGAUGUGGUGAAACAUAGCCACUUGACGAUUUGCUAAUGGAAGGAGAAAAUGAAAAUAGUUGACUAAAAUACAGUUGAUGUCAUAAGCCCCACAAGCACGUUAACAUUCCAUUACAUAAUUGCUAUGCAUGGGUUUGUUUCAGUCAAAUUAUAAGAUGCCCCCUUUACCCUCAAGGAACUAGACAGGUAGUCGCUCAUCAUUUUGACUGAUGACCACAGCCAUUAUCCAUCAGUAAGGCUGUCAGGAAACCAUUGUUGUGAAAUCUGUUGAUCAAUUUCAAAUUUGAAUGGCUGUGACAGGAAGGUGCUCCGGUGGACGAGGAAGAAGACGACGAGGAAGAAGAGGAAGAAAAAGGAAAGAAAGGGGUGAGCUGCUGGUCAAUCAACUAUUGGUUCUUAAUUGACAGUGCUCGGUCUUUUGACGAGGCAAUAACUUAAACAUUUGUGGCCUUUUUUUAGGAUAAGGGUAAAAGUUUCAAGGAGAAGAUUGCAGCACUCACAUCCAUCUGUCAAACUGUGCAGAAUGCGUUAGAUAUGGUGGCCUCCAAUGGAGAACGAGUGAAGAAGUAAGGAGUAUAAGUGAUAUGAGUACAUGUGGCCGUUCAUGCUUUUCUUUAAGUUAAUCUAAGUCUAACCAAGCGACAGAAUAUCUUUUGUAAAUCCCAAUUUUUUUCCGUCUGUUUUUGAAUAACUGUUUACGAUGGGUGAGGGCUUAAACUUCUACACUUGGUAUGCAUCCUGCAGUUUUUGCAGACAUUGAUUGACGGUUAUAAACAUUUGUUUCUCUGCAGCACGUUUAACUGGACUGUGCCGUUUUGUUCGUACUUGAUGUGCAUUAUCUUCACACUGGGAACCAUCGUACUUUAUCUUGUACCUCUCAAGUUCUUGCUUCUCGCCUGGGGUAAGCUGGUGUUUUAAUAACUUUCGUCCACUUAGUUAAGUAUGCAUUUGAAUUAUUGAAGGAAGUGCUAAAAAUUGUCAAUGGUUCUUAAUGACUUCAAUAACUUUGGAGACGUUCCGUGGCCUCUAGAUUGUUCUAAGGAAUGUUUGUAUUGGGGUAGUUUCCUUUACUUUCUGUGUGCUAGUUAGAAGUUCAGCUGCAAGUUCGAUGACUGUCACCACAAGAGGGGAAAUUAGAGCCAUGAUACGAAUUGCCGCCUCCAUAUAGUGGUUACUAGCUAUACCAAGUCUUAUUAUACUGAUACAUGUACCUUCACUUGAUAAGACAAAUUGAGGGGCAAUUUUUGGCGGUUGUUGGUAUGUUACCAGAUAAGCCACCGUUUAAGAACUGAGGAGGGUUACGUCUUCGGUAUUGUUUUUCUCAUCACGAUCAUCGUGUUUCUUACCAAGGACCCUCUAAGAUUUGAAUUGUAGUAAUAGCUUAUGGGGCAUGCGUGUUUUUUUUCUUCCUUAGGAAUAAACAAGUUCACGAAGAAGAUCCGCAAACCAAACGCCGUUGAUAACAAUGAACUUGCGGACUUUUUGUCCCGUAUUCCUUCGGAUAUAGAGAUUGUAAGUUUAUGGAACAUACUCACCAAUUUCGUAAUUCAACGACUUGUGAGUAGACCACUUAUCUGCUUAAGAAUAAAAAAGGAACAAUCGAUACCUUGUCAGUGGCUGCCACGUCGAAUUUCAUGACAUGGUCGGCAGUGUUGAGGUCGGAAACUGCUAAUAUUUCGGUUUCAUACUUCACAGUUUCACGUUUCCAACGGCCCAACAAACAACCUCUCAGGUCCCAACCAUGCGAUAUGUUUGUCAUUCAGAUGGGAGGCUUUUGUAACAACGCUUGUUAAGACCAAAGGCUAGUCCCCAGUGAACAGAUAUCGAACUCCCUGCUCAUUCACUUCAAGCCAUGUUUUUACACAGAAUGAAAUUUGAAACUUAAUGUUUUAAUUGAAAGAAAGCUUCAAAAAAUGUUUGUUGGGGGUAGGCAAACAUGGAAAAGCUACUAGGAAGGGGGGGGGGAAGAUGGCAAAUGACGAACUUUUCCGAGAAAAUGUGUUUCUUUAUUCGAAUUUAAUUCUAAUUUACCAAUGCGUUCUUUUCCCUUUGUUGACAGAAAGAGCAAAAGGUACUGAAGACAGACCCGUCUCUCAGGUUAAAGAGGAUCGAUGGUUAGCACGCACAGUGAUACAGUAUGUAUCUUGCAAUGAACUCGAUCAGUUGUUCGACUGCUCUCGAGUGUGGUCCCUGUGCUACGAGUUGAAACUUUUGGGUUAAUCUACGUCGUCGUGGAGAUGAGAAUUUACAAGUGCUUUGAACAUUUUCAGUAAAGAAUUUUGCGAAUUUAGCUCUAUUUAUUAAAUUGUACAGUAUUUAUUACUUCUAGAGAAAAGAGAAAAUUAAUUGGAGAGCGAAAAGUAAGUUAAAUGGCGGCUCCACAGUCACUGAAUUAUAUUGGUUAGGUAGAUAAGUAAUGUGCUGCCUUUAAAAUAUUUAUAUUGGGUUUGGAUGUACAGACUGAAAUAAUUAUAAUGGUUAAAGGGCAAACUUUCGUUUUUUGCACUUCACAAUUUUUGAAUCAGUGAAAGUUCUUUUUCGUUUUGCUUUGUCAAACAACGUAGUUGGAAAAAUAGAACUUGUUUGAAUUCAUUUAAAUUUCAAGCAUGAAGUGGGGUAGUCGGUGAUAAUAAAUUGGUUUUUAAGACUCUCCAGCCAAUUGCUGGUGUCGUGAGUCUCGUCCUUUUUUGGUUUUUGUUUCUUUUCAAAUGAUAUAAUUAGUUAGAGAACGAUCUUGUUUCAUUAAACUUUUUAACUUGUUAAGUAUAGCGUGUAAUUUUGACUACAAGGUAUGGGUUUAGCAAGAAAAGAUGACGCUCCGUCAUUGGCACACCGUUGAGACAAUCAAGCAAUACUCCAUGUGUGUACACCAUACCAUUUUCGUACCCUUUCCAUCUUUUAGUGUCGUUUUGAUUCCGGGUGGUACAAGGGAGUGCGGUAAGUGCUGUUCGCUUUUGUCAUGUUAGGUGGCAACAUUCUGAAAAGUGAAGUUCUCAGUUGCCAUAAAACAAUUUGUUUGAACAGGUUUUGUGCGCGGUUGAAAAUUCUUUGAUCCUAUACGUCUGUAGGUCUAAUAACUGAGUAAUGAGUAAAGGGGUAAGUUUCUAAAGAAACUGUGGUGCUGCGUCAGUGGGAGAGUAUAGCAGGUAAUUUAAUGUUAACAACUGAGUUGAGAACUUGAACACGGCUGACCCAGAGGUCUCUCACUGCUUCAUGGGCUGCACAGGG